UCAGUUCGCCAGCAGCUCGCGGCGCAGAGCCUAGACAUGGACGUCGACAAUGACCUGGAGCAGCUCAUGGCGCACCUGGGGGAGUUUGGGCCCUACCAGAUGCGCCAGUUCGCACUACACAUAAUGGCCGCAUUCACAGCCGGCAUGCAUAUGCUGUCACUGGUAACCGUCGCCGCAGUGCCGGAUCACAGGUGUGCAAUUCCCGGAGUUGACGUGAAUGGCAGUGUAGCUCCUUGGAACACAAGUGAGCUGACAUUCCAUAUACCGCGUGGAAAGGGCGGUCUCGAUUCCUGCCGUAUAAUAGACCACUCGACGAACCAAACAAUCAAGUGUGACUCUUGGGUGUUUGAUAAUACGUAUUACGAAUCGAGCAAAGCAAUAGAGUGGAAUUUUGUUUGUGACCGCCGAUGGAUGGGAGCUGUUGCACAAUCUGCGUACAUGUUCGGUGUUUUUACUGGCGCUGUUGUGCUGGGGAGCCUCGCUGACAAGUUUGGACGAAAGACUAUAUUUUACCUCUCAGCAGUAAUGCAGCUUCUUCUUGGUGUUGGAGUGGCAUUUAUACCUGAAUACUAUACAUUCCUAGUAAUAAGAUUCCUAUAUGGAGUUUUUGGAUCUGCAGGUUCCUACAUCACAGGAUUUGUAAUGACAAUGGAAAUAGUUGGCCCAUCAAAAAGAACCAUCUGUGGGGUAACAUUCCAAGCCAUGUUUGCUGUUGGUGUUAUGAUGGUUGCAUUUUGGGGAUAUUUUAUAAAAGACAGCACACUGCUUCAAGUUGUAUAUGGACUACACAGUACAAUUCUCAUUGCACACUGGUGGCUUAUUGAUGAAUCGCCCCGCUGGUUAUGGGCUCAAGGGCGAGUCACUGAAGCAGUGAAGAUCGUUGAUCAUGGUGCACAAGUCAAUAGCAACUCAGAAAAAGUGGAUAUAGCACACUUUGUUUCCAAAGGUGCACUGUCUGCACAGAAGCAAGAAACUGUUGCAUAUAGCCUAUUAGAUUUGUUCAAAACACCAAAUCUUAGAAAUAAAACACUCAAUGUUUGUCUCAACUGGUUUGCUAAUAGCCUGGCAUACUAUGGUUUGUCCCUGAACACAGGGAAUCUUGCAGGAAAUCCAUAUUUAAUUUUAUUCAUUCUUGGGUUGGUAGAAAUACCCAGUUAUAUCAUGACUAUUUUGUUGAUGGACCGUACUGGAAGACGUUCGCUUAUAAGCUCACUGAUGCUGCUGGGUGGGAUAUGCUGUAUCAUAGCAUGCUACAUUCCACAAGAGACAGCAACAGGAAGUGUUUCUGCAGUUACAGUAGUUAUGCUUGGAAAGUUUUUCAUAGCAGGAUCGUUUGCUAUCAUCUACAACUAUACAGCAGAACUUUUUCCGACAGUAGUGCGCAAUACAGCAUUGGGUGUUGGCAGUAUGUGUGCACGUCUCAGUGGUGCUUUGACACCUCUAAUCACACUUCUGGACUCCUUUGAUAAAAAGCUACCUUCUGUUAUCUUUGCCACAAUUGCCAUUGCUUCAGGCUUAUUAUCACUUUUACUCCCAGAAACACUGAAUAAACCAAUGCCUCAAACUUUAGAAGAUGGUGAGAAAUUUGGGGAAGGAGACACAGCAUGUACAAGUUGUUUUGGAAGAAGCAAAGAAAAAUAUGAAGUUCCUCUGGCUAGCAUGGAAUGAAUGCUGGUUUUAUAACAUAUUGGAAAUGUUAAGAAAACUGUCAACCACAAUACCCACAAGAAAUACACUAGAAAACAGAGGCUUAUGGGGAAACAAGAAUGGCUUAUGCAUAAUCCACAGAAUAUAUUACAUCAAAAGGUAUAAUUGUAAUCAGUUCUUAAUGUUAAUUGUCAACAAAAGUUGUAAAGCAACAUAAUCAGAUCUAAUUAAGUAUGAGUCAGUGCACUAUGUUUGCUUCGCACUGGAGGCAGUUACAUCUUACAUAAAUAUGAAUCUGCUACUAAUUGCCCCAAAAUUUAAUUUCACUCUUUGAGGUACCCAUUGCUCCAAUACUGUCUACUGCCAUAUAAUCUCAGCAGUUUUAUUUUCAUCAAGGCAAGGAUUAUCUUUUGUAUCGUGAUGCAGGAAAAAGUCAUGAUGUAUACAGUCUCACGUGCCUAGUCAGCACACUCAGAAGCACAGUGAAAGAUACCCAACUGCAGAUGUGGCGCAUGUUAAAUAAUGUGCAACUAAUGACUUAUUUCAGUAUGUCUCAAAUUCUGCAUCUGGAAAUCCUCUUUCUUUAUUAUUAUUUUUAACUUUACUCUCAGUGAUACAGUGUGGCAUACCACAUUGUUAAAAUUAACAUAUUUAUUUUGAAUCACAGCA